ACGCCUUUGUUUAGUCACGUGCUUUAAAUUUUCCCCGCGCAUUUUUACAAACCGUGCAAUUCAUUCACGGAAACCCCGUACUUGGGUGAAGCUUUGUGAAGUCGCCAUUUUGACGGAGCUGAAAGAGUUGUGCGCGAUUUCCCCCCAUAUUUCUUCCAAUUCCUGGUUUACUUUCCUUUAGUACGUAGCUGUGGGAACAUACCGUAUCUGCCAUGUCUGCAGAAGGCGAGGACCAACCGCAGGCCAUGGAGGAGACCGAGCAGCAGGAGCCCAUGGAGACCUCGCAGAGUGGCGACCAGGGCCUGCCGCAAUCCGUACAAGAUGCACUAAACAAGAUGUAUGAAGAAGGUGUUCUUUCACCUGAGGACCUGGACGAGAGAGCGUUGGACGCCCUGCGCGAGUUCGACGAGUCUGGCGCCCACGACGUCCUGAAACAGUUCGCUGAGAGCGACCUAUCACAUGUACAGAACAAAAGUGCGUUCCUGUGUGGCGUCAUGAAGACGUACCGACAACGGAACAAGAACAAACAGAACCAACAGGGCGAUGCUUCCAAGAAGGGACCUGAUGAGACAAAAAUCAAAGAAAUCCUGGACAGAACGGGAUACAAACUUGAUGUGACGACAGGACAGCGCAAGUACGCAAUGCCGGUCACAGAGGAAGAAGAGAAAGAAAUGACAGACAAGCUCACACAGCAAGGACAUACCUCCCAGAGUAGCAUGGUGUUUGUUGGUAAGAUUCCGAGGGACAUGUAUGAAGAUGAGCUCAUACCACUGUUUGAGAAAUGUGGAACCAUCUUUGACCUCAGGCUGAUGAUGGACCCACUCAGCGGACAGAACAGAGGCUAUGCUUUCGUCACGUAUACCACUAAGGAAUCUGCACAGGAUGCUGUCAAACAGCUUGACAACUAUGAGAUCAGAAAGGGACGCUGGCUGGGUGUGUGCAUCUCAGUGGCCAACAACCGGUUGUUCGUCGGCUCUAUCCCCAAGAACAAGAGCAAGCAGGAGAUCUUCGACGAGUUUGGCAAAGUCACAAACGGGCUUAAGGAUGUGAUCAUCUACUACAUGCCUGAGGACAAGAGAAAGAACCGAGGCUUUGCCUUCCUGGAGUACCUGUCACACAAGGAGGCGUCGCUGGCCAGGCGAAGGCUCAUGAGCGGGCGCAUCAAGGUCUGGGGCAACAUCACAGUCACGGUCGACUGGGCCGACCCCAUCGAAGAGCCAGACGAUGAGGUCAUGUCGAAGGUUAAGGUGCUGUAUGUGAGGAACCUUGCUGUUGAAGCUGCCGAGGAGAUCAUCCAAGCAAAGUUUGAGCCGUACGGGACAGUAGAGAGAGUCAAAAAGAUCAAGGACUACGCCUUCGUCCACUUUGAGAACAGAGAAGAUGCCAUCAAGGCCAUGGAAGAUCUGAAUGGCAAGGAGCUGGAAGGGUCUGCCAUGGAAAUCUCACUCGCCAAGCCACCAUCGGAGAAGAAGAAAGAGAGGAAGAGGCAGAGAGAGCAGGAAAAGAUGAUGGGCGGCUAUGACUACGAUGGGUUUGGUGGUGGCCGCGGAGGCCCCAUGCGUGGUCGAGGCCGUGGUGGUUUCGAUCGCCGCGGUCGAGACUACGGGGGAGACUAUGGCUACGGUGGCGGCUAUGACGACUACGGCUAUGGGGGAUACGCCGAGGACUACCGUGGAGGCUACGAUGACCCUUACUACAAUGACCCCUACUACGGUGGCGGUUACGACCGUUACGAUGACUAUGGCUAUGGUGGUGGUUAUGGUGGCCGCGGCGGCCGUGGCCGCGGUGGUCCGAUGGGCCCUCCCCGCGGGGGCAUGGGACCCCGCGGUGCUCCUCGGGGCCGUGCUGGCUUCUCGCCACGAGGCGGGGCCGCCCGGGGAGGCCGCGGCGGCCGAGGGGGGACGCAGCAGCGCGGUAGAGGGGGUCGCGGGGGCGGCCGUGGGGGUGGCACUAGGGGGGGCGCCAAGAGGAAGGCUGACGGGCAGGGAAAUCAGGGGCCCGACACGAAGCGCCGUGCCAACAACCAAGGAGGAGGCCAGUGGCAGUCUGCUCCCAUUGCUCAGCAGCCUCUCGCCAGCCAGGACUGGGGCGGCCAGGGCUACAGCGGCGGAUCUUCCAGCGGUGGUCAGGAAUGGUACCAGGACUCCUACGGCCAGCAGUGGAAAUAGGAAGGAAAGGGUUCCUCUCUUCUUGGCUGGUACUUCCAAAUUGGAUGACACGAAAUCUGAUGUCGGCCCUGAUAACUACCUCUGUUUUGGCCAUCAUGGAAGAUAAUUAUUGGAAACUGGCAUCCUGUUUCCGUACCGCCCACAUGACUUUAUAUCCAUUCUCCUUUGACGAAAGUCCCCACAUGAAGAUCUUUUGGAGUAUACCAAGUAUAUCUUUCCUAGGAUUACAUAGUAGUGAAAGCUUGUGCUGUGAAUUUUUGUGAACCAUUCCAUGUGAUUGCUCUAUUCUGUCUGGCUGCCUGGACACAAAAACUCCAGAAUUGCCUAAGGAAAGACUUUAUUGGAUUUAACCCUUUUGAUGAGACUCCGCAGGACUUACCUAUUCUCUAUCAUCAACAGCAGAUUUCAAUCCAGGUUCUUAAACUUUGUCAGAGGGUUUCACCCGACUAACUUUGCUGUAAAUUUGCCAAAGUGUUUGUGUCACUCGGCUCUGAAUUUCCAGACGCCGCAGCGACGUGUGUGUUGUAGACAAACUUUUUUAUUUAGGCCUAUUCCUCUUGCAACCUUUUUAUAUCUCUAGAAAGUUACAGUAGACUUAUUCAACUGUUUGUUUUAUUUGGAAAGUAGAGCAAACUGGAAAGUCAAUUAGAAACAACUGUGUAGUGGAUUGGCGUAAUGUUUGGUAGAACCGUAAUCUAUAUAUGUGUAAUCAUUGUAUCAUUUAAUCCUUACCUUGAAAACAUAAAUAAAGAAAGUAGCCACCCAAAACAUGGUGAAAAAAGGACAAAAAAAGCAACAAAUGUCUACAAUUU